AUCCACUGUUUUUAGGAGGACGUGUUGAAAUCGACACAACAAAAGAAAGAGGAAGUGCACGGUAAAAUCUCAGAAGUCAAACUCGGACUUUACUGUCUCUUUUAAGCCACAGGAGUGACGUGAGCCAGGAGUGCGCGCGCCGACGCUUCAGUGAAAACUACAAUCACACUUGCUGGUGGAGUCAGUUAAAUCAACGAAAGACGCAAUGAUUGAUCUGUCAUCUGUAUCCGUGACAUGGACCUUGGUGGUACUGCUCAUAACCCUUCUGUUUAUUUAUGGUGUCUGGCCACAUGGGUUUUUCAACAAACUGGAAAUUCCAGGACCAAGGCCUUGGCCAUUCCUUGGCACAUUUCUCUCAUAUCGAAAAGGUAUUUGCAAUUUCGAUAUGGAGUGUGCAGAGAAAUAUGGAAAGAUGUGGGGGAUCUUUGAUGGAAGACUCCCAAUAUUAAUGAUUACUGAUCUGGAAAUGAUCAAAGCCGUUAUGGUGAAAGAAUGCUAUUCCACCUUCACCAACAGAAGGGAAACAAAUGAUGCCCUGGCCGGCCCUUUUGCUGAUGGAAUUACUAUAGUUAAAGACGAGAGAUGGAAAAGAAUCCGCAGUUCACUCUCCCCAUAUUUCACAAGCGGUCGACUUAAGGAGAUAUUUCCUACAGCGGAGACACAUGCAGAGCGUUUUAUAAAAAAUAUGCUGAAGAGAGACCUGGAGCAGCCAGUUAAAAUUAAAGAUGCUGUCGCACCAUACAGUUUGGAUGUUGUCACCAGCUCUUCUUUCAGUGUUGACAUUGACUCCAUAAACAACCCUGAUGACCCAUUCGUUACCAAUAUUAAGAAGUUUUUCCAGUUCAGUCUGUUCAGUCCAUUCAUUUUGAUAUUAACUCUUUUUCCCUCUGUUGCAAUUUUUUUGUCCAAACUGGGUAUAACUCUUUUCUCAAAGUCAUCUCUGGAUUUUUUCUACAAUGCUCUGAGAAAGAUAAAAGACGAGCACAACAAAGAAUCCAAUGGGCGAGUAGACUUUCUAAAGCUCAUGAUCCAGAGUCAAAUAUCUGAUGAACAAGCUGUGGACACCACAAGUGAACAACCAGUUAAAGGUUUGAGAGAAAAUACAGAAUUUCAGACGCACGUGGUCACAAUCAGAGAUUUCUUCUGCUUUCACAUUUGCUUUUAUCUGGACUUGAUAGGUCUUACCGACCAUGAGAUCCUCUCUCAGUCCUUCAUUUUCAUCCUGGGAGGUUAUGAGACAACAAGUACUACUCUGAGCUUCCUCCUCUAUAAUCUCGCAACUAAUCCAGACUGUCUGCAACAGCUGGUUGAGGAGAUUGACACAAACUUUCCCCUCAAUAUGCCCGUCACAUAUGAUGCAUUAAUGAAAAUGGAUUACUUGGAAAUGGCCAUCAAUGAAUCAAUGCGACUUCUUCCCACUGCCCCACGCUUGGAGAGGACCUGUAAGAAAACUGUAGAGCUCAAUGGGGUCACCAUACCCAAGGGCACUCUGGUUGGAAUUCCUACAUAUGUGUUAAAUCGUGACCCACAUCUCUGGGAAUCCCCCGAUGAGUUCAGACCAGAGAGGUUCAGUCCAGACAGUAAGUCGGAGGUUAACCAGUAUGCUUUCAUGCCUUUUGGACUCGGGCCCCGAAAUUGCAUUGGAAUGAGAUUUGCUCUGAUGAUCAUGAAACUUCUUGUCGUGAAGCUGCUUCAAAACUUCACUGUGGAAACAUGUAAAGAGACGCAGAUCCCUCUUGAGUUGAAUGUCAUUUUUCAGCCUAAGGUGCCGAUCACACUGAACUUCAUACCAAGAUCUCACAGGGACAGAGAAUAAAGCUAAAGGAGUUGUCACAUUUUAGUAAAAUGAUCUAGAAGACAUGCUUAGAUAUCAUGUAAUCACAAGAAAAAGUUACAUGUAAUUGUAAUCACACUUCUAAUAACUCAAUCUAAGCUGUUGUAAUGUACAUUGGCGCAAUUACGUCACUUGUGAUUUUAUGAGCCUUGAGCUCCUCUCUGUAAUUUUGUCAUUUGUUUUGUAUUUUUGCUAUUGUAAUAAAUACAUUAUUAAAAGGAAAACUGUGUUUUGAUUUUUAAAGAAUCUAAAAUGUAAAUGAUGCUACAGAAUAAUUUCAUACCAAUGUGGGAUGUUGAUGGAGUUUUAAUGGGGUCAGCUUGCCAUGUUUUCUGGGCUCCAUCUCAUGCAGAUUGAAAACUACUAUUAAUAAAACAGCACUUUAAAAACAUCAUUAUUAUGAUACGUGUGUAUAUUGUGUGUGUGGAGUUGUGAGUCCGUGUUUUGUAUGUGGGUUUGUUUGAACCGGUGUGUGCAGUUCUGUCUUCUGUGUUUUCACCUUUUUUUGUUUUUACUUGUAUAACUUUAAAUGUUUUGCUUAUAGUCAGUAUGUUUCACGUACAGCUGCUUUGUAACAAUGAAAAUGGUGAAAAGCGCUAUAUAAAUAAAGUUGACUUGACUUGA